AUGGAUUUCAGCUCUCCUUUUACUCUGCAGUGCUUGCUGGUGGUAAUAACUGUUACUCAUGGCUCUGUCAUCUGGACUGGUGUACUCAGCGGUGGGUCAGCAGUCUUUUCUAUGGGAAUUCAAAGUCUGCAGAACCUCUCCAGAAUGAGCAAGGGGGACAAGAGAUGCUUAACAGCUGUCUUAAAUGAUACCUUGUUGGCAGAGUGUGGCACUUCUGCCAGCAGAUGUCUGAACUUGCAGAAUGGCUCCCUAGUGCUGAGGAGUGUGGAGAAAGAGGACGAAGGAAAUUAUGAGUUUGUUUUUCAGAACAUCACCAGAUCUUUUAAGCUGGAAGUAUUUGAGCCAUCCGUUGAUAUCCAGUGCUUCCCUAACGGGACCGGGGAGCUGUACUGUGAUGUGACCAGCAACCAGAGCACCAGCUUUCGGUGGCUGCUCAACGGCACUGCGCUGAGCGCCCCUGAGGCUUGCGUUAAGGACGGUGGCAAGAAGGUUCGCCUGGACAGGACUGUGCCCGGGGAAUUUGUGUGUGAGGUUCACCAUGGGAACAGCAUCACGAGGACCAGGCCUGUUGUGCUGUCUUGCAACUAUGGAGACCUGUUGCAGUACCCAUGGUUCAUUUACAUCCUGGCAGGCUGUGCAGGGGGUGUGGUUAUCCUGGUGGUGGUUGUGUCCUCAGUCAUAUGUUGCUGCAUGAAAAGGAAACACAAGUUCAUUCCAGUGCCUUCAGAGGAGGAGAAAGAUGAUGGACUAACAAUGUCCAUGAUCUCCAGUGAAGGUAUGAAGAGUCCCCCCAGUGGAGACCAUGUCGAAGCUCAACCUGCACAAAUUGACUGCCCUUCAAAGCCUGACACUGCCCAAACUGGUCAAGGGACUGAGCCCCAGGACCUCGUGGAAGAAAAUUUACCAGUAGAGACAGAGCCCGAGGAAAUACCAGACGCAGAGGUCAUAGUUGAUGUGGAAAGCCAGGAAAAGGCCUCAGACUGUUUCCCAGAUCCAAGUGAUAACUGA